AAUACUAUUGAAAUAUCCAUGUACAUUUUAUUGGAUAGUCAUUUCUAAUUAAAACACAAAAAUAUAUCUUAGCUUCAAUAUGGAUUCAAAAUGGGAUGAUGAGCAGACUCUAAAAAAGAUUCUUCCAAAAGAAGUAGUUAAAAUAGAAGAUUGGCAAGUGAAGAAGAUAAAGAAGAAACGAAGAAACAGGUUACCUGUUGGAAAGGUGAUUUUUUCCAACACCAACACUAGACCUUGCUAUACCAAAGAUCACUGUUUACAUGACCUAAAGAAGUUCCACGAAACUCAAAUAGAAAAGGGCUCCGAAGACAUCCGUUAUAAUUUUCUGAUAGGUAAAGAUGGACAUAUAUACGAAGGAAUGGGUUGGAGAAAUCAACCAGAAAAUGCCAAGACUUAUUUUUCAAAAAAGGAAAAGAAGAAGAGCACUUCUAACAACGGGCAAAUCAACAUUGCUUUUAUAAAUGACAAAGACCUAAAGCCAUCUUUUAUACAAAUUAAGAGAGCAAUGGGGCUUAUUAUACAGGGUAUUCAAGAUAAGUACGUAUCCAAUACUUUCAAAAUUAUAAGAGACGAUGACUGUCGAUAUCUGUUCCAAAUAACAGACUUUCACAACACCUUGCUUGGAUUAAUGGGACAAGAAGCUAACAUUGAAUCUGACCCGGAAAGCAGUGAUGAUGAAACGGAAAAGGAUCUGAUUGCUCCAAGGUAUUUUGAACCGUUCGAGUUUGACGGUGUUGAAGAAGAUUACAAGCCAGAAGACGAAUAUGAAACAAUAUAUCACAAGGUCCGGGACAUGGAUCCAGACUUUUUUUAGGCAUCAAAAUAAAUUAGUUUUGUAGGCAUAAGCAAUGUGUAUUAAUUAAAAU